AUGGCCAACUGUGCUGAAAGUGAGGUUAUUCUUCCAGAAAAUAUGCCUAGUUUCCGAAAAGGCCAUUCCACGACCACAGUACUGAUGGCCGGAACGAUCUUACGCGCGAUGAAAAAGGAAGAGGUUACCAUUAUGGUCCUUGUGGACUUCUCUACGACGUUCGAUACGGUGUGCUUUAAGAACGCAAUAGGGAAGUUGUCCGUCUGGGCUUCUCCAAACGUGUCCUUAUUUGGCUCAUCUCCAAUUUUUACUCAGUUUGGAAUUUCUCAAGGAUCUAUCUUAGGCCCGAUGCUAUUUAAGUUAUAUGUCGCUGAUUUAGUACCAGAAAUUUUAGGAUUAGGAGUACAGAGGUUUCAAGAUGCUGAUCAUCUAUUACAUGUAAAGCCAGUACUGUUAACGAACGCGUCAUUAACCAGCCUGACUACUUGGUCAAAAGAUUUCGACAUCCCAAUUAACUCGCGUUCAUUCUCUUAG